AUGUUGCUUGAACGUGGUGGUGGUGGUAAUGGCGAGGUUCGUCUUGAAAUUGUCGCAAUGAUCUGGGCCCAGCUGGACGUGGAUGUGGACGCGGGAGCUAUCGUGGUAUCUCAGGCGCAAAGUUACAGGUAUGUAAGUAAGUAGGAAUGGUCAAGGCUUUUUCUUGGGCGCAAUCAACUCGGGAUCCAUUCAACGAAAUUGGUUACGAGGUAGAGCGAGUGACAUUGGUAAAUUUAUUAGAUUAGGAUGA